AGCUUCAAGGCUGCAGGAGACAAGGGCAGAAGCGUGAGGCACCAUGAGGUCAGGCUCCGAACCCCCACAGGGCUGCUUCACUUUCAGACUGUUGGGAUGGACGCCCCAUGCCUGCUGAGUAAAGGAUCCUUCAGGUGGCCUUUCAAAAAUAUGCACCAGAGACAGAGGAGCUGACAAUGUUGGAAAGACUUCUGGAUUCUCUCCCUUCUUUUCCUGCCCUUCCAGCCCCGUUGCCUGCCUCGGAUGAUGUGAUGUUCAGAGGGACUCUGUAACCCAAGUCACUCCUUAGCCAGGCGCAUCUACAAAAGAUUGCAUUCAUAAUUCAAGAUGGCCAGCCAGCCGCUGGAGGAGCCUGUGGAGUCUCAGGUCUCAGAUGAGCUUGAGUGUAAGAUCUGUUACAAUCGGUACAACCUGAAACAGAGGAAGCCCAAGGUUCUGGAGUGUUGUCACAGGGUUUGUGCCAAAUGCCUCUACAAGAUCCUAGACUUUGGGGACUCUCCCCAAGGUGUCAUCGUCUGUCCCUUCUGCAGGUUCGAGACCUGCCUGCCAGAUGACGAGGUUAGCAGCCUCCCCGAUGACAAUAACAUCCUUAUAAACUUGACUUGUGGAAGCAAAGGGAAGAAGUGUCUGCUGGAGAACCCCACCGAGCUGCUGCUUACCCCCAAGAGGCUGGCUUCCCUUGUCAGUCCUUCCCACACGUCCUCCAACUGCUUGGUUAUCACAAUCAUGGAGGUGCAGAGGGAGAGCUCCCCCUCGCUCAGCUCCACCCCUGUGGUAGAAUUCUACAGGCCGGCAAGUUUCGACUCUGUCACCACAGUGUCCCACAAUUGGACGGUGUGGAACUGCACCUCCCUGCUCUUUCAGACAUCCAUCCGGGUGUUGGUGUGGCUUCUGGGUCUGCUGUACUUCAGCUCCUUGCCCUUAGGGAUCUACUUACUGGUGUCUAAGAAAGUCACCCUCGGUGUGGUCUUUGUUAGCCUUGUCCCCUCUAGCCUUGUCAUACUUAUGGUCUAUGGGUUUUGCCAAUGUGUUUGUCAUGAAUUUCUGGACUGUAUGGCACUUCCUUCUUAAUCAAGAUGCAAAAUAGGACAUUCAGCACAUAUGGCUAUGUACAAAUGACGUUCGUACCUAUUUGUUUUCUUUUGUAUUCUCUAUUAGUGUCUACAGCCUCAACAAAGCCUGUGGCCAAUACGUCUGUGGUCCAUUUUCUAUCCAGAUGUUGGCUUGAUGGGUUUUCCUGGAUUCUGAAAAUAA